AUGGCAUCCACUCCGUACACCACUAUGUGCACAGAAGUCUACGCGGAAUUUAUGGAUGAGUUCCAGUUGAGAGAGGAUGGACAACGCAGAUUCGCGAUACGUGGAACGGCAAAAGAGGUGCUGCAUCGUGAGAAAUUGCUGCGUUUUUUCAGAUGUCUGAACCUACCCAGAGAUGCCCACCUGGGUCCCAGCGACACGACCCAGGAAAUGCAACUUGCCAGGAAAUUUGAGAAGAAAAGUCUGCAUGAGUUUUUGGCUAUUCUUCUGUUCUCUUGCUGUGACAUUGAAGCCGCGCAGAAAUUCAUAAGGAAGGUUCUCUUGACAGAGUCUUGGUCCGUGGAAGCAUGCUCGCUACCGGCGAAUGAAAACACCUUGAGAGAACUAUUUGAGGAUCGAACAGCGGCCGAUCAGUUUCUUUCUCAACAAGCCAUAUUCUGCCCUGUCGUCAUCGAGAGAGGGAAGGAGAUUGCUGUCCCAAGUCUUGAUCGGCGAAGACUUCCCUAUGUGGAGACAGAAUUUCUGGGUAGGGGAGCUUUUGGUACAGUUUACAGGGUGAAAGUUGCGAGAGGCCAUUUUCGUGAUUCGGAUUAUUCCAGUGACAAGCCAACUGAACUUGCACGAAAAGACUACGAACUUGUCGGGGGCGAUUCUAGACCAGGAACAGCUGGGUUUGCGGGAGACCACGAAAUCAUGAAGACGAUUAUUUCGCUGGACAAAAAGUGCGACAACAUAGUUGAAAGCCUCGGCAGUCUUGUCAUUGACUCAUCGACCUACAGUCUGUUUAUGCCUCUGGCACUCUGCGAUCUUAAGCAGUACAUGACGAAUCAUCGCCGCAAGAAACCAAAAACGAAAGCCGAGAAAAUGGCUUUCAUCCAGAGCGCUAGGGGGCUGGCAAAUGGCCUGGAGUUUCUACACGAUGGAAUGAUGACCAAGGACGGCUAUAAUCUUGUUUGUUACCACAUGGAUUUGAAGCCUGACAAUGUCCUAAUCUUCCCUGAAAUCACUGCCGACGGUGAGAAGCAUAUUUGGAAAAUCAGUGACUUUGGAAUGUCACACGUCAAGUAUCGUCGGCGAGGCGAAAAAGAUAAGAAAAAAGAAAGUGUCAAGGACUUCAAUCGCUGGUUUGCUCGGCACCCGCAGAUGGAACCGCAAGCACGGCCACAGGAUAAUUCAGUUUCGGGCGUGGUCAACCAACGAGGCGACGGCACUUAUCUGGCACCAGAGUCUAUGACAAACUUCCCUAUCCUGAACACAAGCAGUGAUGUAUGGUCCUUGGGGUGCAUCAUCAGUGUUGUAUUUGCCUACUUGGAGGAGGGUGCCAACGGCGUGGCAGAAUAUGCGAAUAACAGACUGACCCAUACCAAAGCGGGCGGAGUCGAUCGAUUCUUCCUCCGCAAAAAUGGGGGCUCCCGGCCUAAGGUUAAUCAUCCGGUCGUCAAAAGAUGGCAUAGCUAUCUAAUUGAAAAAGCAAUGUACCGAAGCAAGACCGAGGGGAGGGCUGUGGAGCUCAUCUUGAGGUUCUUGGAAGACUCCGUAUUCCAGGAGCAACCGAAGCGAUGUGAUGCCCGCGAACUGGAGCGGAAGCUUCUACGAGCUUGGGAAAUGUACAAAGAAGUGCCUAACCUUCUGCAGACUGAUGGAAGACAGUCUAGCUUUGACAACUUCUUACGAGGCACCGGAAUUCGAAGAACCACUUCCAUCGAAGAACAUGCAGAGAGCGAACUUAUUGAAACGUUACGCAUCAGAGAGUCCGAACCCUUCAAAGGGUCCGAAAUAUCCCCUGAUGGAUCUGCUGUCGCAUUUUGGACGAAUUCGAGAAUAUUUCUGUAUAAGAUUCAAUUUCCUUCAUUGACAGGAAUGAGCAUGAUGAGAGCAGCCUCCUGGGAGCUAAGCAAUGACAAGAGAAAUUUCAUAUUGAAGAGCGUCGGCUUAACAGAGAGAUACCUGGUGGCCUCGGUAUCGGGCAGCUUUCAGUUCUUUCUUUUCGACCUGGAAAGAACACCCCCACCAGAUGGUGAACUCGGAAAUCCAAUUCCAGUUGAUCAUAAACAUCUUCCUGAAAUCUCCAAGCUAGCCAUUUCCCCCGAUAGCGAAACGAUUAUAUUUCUCCUGCGGAAUCACAAUGUGAGGUCCGAAUCAGCACUUCUUUAUCGCGCUCCCACAGAAGAUACAAGAAACCAUCAAUCAAUUCGAGCAAUGCAUAGAAUCAAUUGCUCAGCAACACAAAUCACCAACAUGGCGUUUUCAACAAACGAUGACCUCUACUAUGUUGUGUUGCCAGAUCCUUUAGUCUAUAACCACGGGCAUGAAGUAUCCAUUUUCCACGUGUCCCUAAGAGAGGGUUGUCUCAAUCAACUCAAGAUACAGACCGGGGAGCCGGGAAAUCAUGGAACUGUGGGCCUUUUCACAACCUUCGUCCCUUAUCCUCGGGAGCCAGACCGAUGUGUGGUUGAUACACGCGAGAAAAGAAUACGCGAUCAGACUAUGUCCCAAAAGAAAAGCACCGACUCCCAGUAUGAUAUAAAGAAUUAUCGAAUUUUGAAAAUCAUGAUGAGCCACGGACACAACAGGAUUAUCGCAGUCGGGCGACCUGUGGCGAGUCACAAAAUGCUCCUGUUAGAAUUGGUGGAUGUACCCCAUAAGGCCCCCAGGGAAUACAAAGUUAUGGAAAUAGUUUUCCUUCAGGGGAUAUCCUCCGAAGAUGACUUUAAAGAGCGACUCUGUGGGAAUCCAGGCGAGGAAUUUGUUCUUUUAGCCACUUUGACUGCGGAAAACCAGCGUGCAGUCUACAAGAUCCGCCUCCCGCCUAUUGGGUCUUCGCUGCGCACUUAA